UCACGGGGUCAUGACUUGUGCCCUUGACUAUGAGGCAGUAACAUUUUUUUUCCUUUUUUUUGAGACAGAGUCUCACUGUUGUUGUUCAGGCUGGCCUUGAACUGGUAGUAGCAUUCUCACUUUCCCCUGCUACCACAAACACCUGGAAAACUGGAGAGACCAUUUUCGGAUACUGAACAGUAGGCAGCACGGGGCUGAUCUUGACAGAUGGCACUGGGGAAGUUGGUCUAAAAGGCAGUCCCUCUGUUUCUGAAGAUGGUCAGCUGCCAGCAGUGUUGUAGUUUUGCUGCUGGACUCUUCCCUCCCUCCCCCACCCCAUCAGGAUGAUAUGAGACUUGAAGGAAGACGAUGCAUACAGGAGGAGAGACUUCAGCAUGCAAACCUUCAUCUGUUCGGCUUGCACCGUCAUUUUCAUUCCAUGCUGCUGGCCUUCAGAUGGCUGGACAGAUGCCCCAUUCACAUCAGUACAGUGACCGUCGCCAGCCAAACAUAAGUGACCAACAGGUUUCUGCCUUAUCAUAUUCUGACCAGAUUCAGCAACCUCUAACUAACCAGGUGAUGCCUGAUAUUGUCAUGUUACAGAGGCGGAUGCCCCAAACCUUCCGUGAUCCAGCAACUGCUCCCCUGAGAAAACUUUCUGUUGAUUUGAUCAAAACAUACAAGCAUAUUAAUGAGGUUUACUAUGCAAAAAAGAAGCGAAGACACCAGCAGGGCCAGGGAGACGACUCUAGUCAUAAGAAGGAGCGGAAGGUUUAUAACGAUGGCUACGAUGAUGACAACUAUGACUAUAUUGUGAAAAACGGGGAGAAGUGGAUGGACCGUUACGAAAUCGACUCCUUGAUAGGCAAAGGUUCCUUUGGACAGGUUGUAAAAGCAUACGAUCGGGUGGAGCAAGAAUGGGUCGCCAUUAAAAUAAUAAAGAACAAGAAGGCUUUCCUGAAUCAAGCCCAGAUAGAAGUGCGACUUCUGGAGCUCAUGAACAAACAUGACACCGAAAUGAAAUAUUACAUAGUGCAUUUGAAACGCCACUUUAUGUUUCGAAACCAUCUCUGUUUAGUUUUUGAAAUGCUGUCUUACAACCUGUAUGACUUGUUGAGGAACACCAAUUUCCGAGGGGUCUCUUUGAACCUAACACGAAAGUUUGCGCAGCAGAUGUGUACUGCACUGCUUUUCCUUGCAACUCCAGAACUUAGUAUCAUUCACUGUGACCUAAAACCUGAGAAUAUCCUUCUUUGCAACCCCAAACGCAGUGCAAUCAAGAUUGUUGACUUUGGCAGUUCUUGCCAGUUGGGGCAAAGGAUAUACCAGUACAUUCAGAGUCGCUUUUAUCGGUCCCCAGAGGUGCUAUUGGGAAUGCCUUAUGAUCUUGCUAUCGACAUGUGGUCCCUUGGGUGUAUUUUGGUUGAAAUGCACACUGGAGAACCUCUGUUUAGUGGUGCCAAUGAGGUAGAUCAGAUGAAUAAAAUAGUGGAAGUUCUGGGUAUUCCGCCUGCUCAUAUUCUUGACCAAGCACCAAAAGCAAGAAAGUUCUUUGAGAAGUUGCCAGAUGGCACUUGGAACUUAAAGAAGACCAAAGACGGAAAACGGGAAUAUAAACCACCAGGAACCCGUAAGCUUCAUAAUAUUCUUGGAGUAGAAACAGGAGGACCUGGCGGCCGGCGUGCUGGGGAGUCGGGUCAUACAGUAGCUGACUACUUGAAGUUCAAAGACCUCAUUCUAAGGAUGCUUGAUUAUGACCCCAAAACUCGGAUUCAACCUUAUUAUGCCCUGCAGCACAGUUUUUUCAAGAAAACAGCCGAUGAAGGCACAAACACGAGUAACAGCGUCUCUACCAGCCCUGCGAUGGAGCAGUCCCAGUCUUCGGGCACCGCCUCCAGCACGUCGUCCAGCUCAGGUGGAUCAUCCGGGACGAGCAACAGUGGGAGAGCCAGAUCGGACCCCACGCACCAGCAUCGGCACAGCGGUGGGCACUUCACGGCCGCCGUGCAGGCCAUGGACUGUGAGACACACAGUCCCCAGGUGCGUCAGCAGUUCCCAGCUCCUCUUGGCUGGUCAGGCACUGAAGCUCCUACACAAGUCACUGUUGAAAAUCAUCCUGUUCAAGAAACAACCUUUCACGUAGCCCCUCAGCAGAACGCAUUGCACCAUCACCAUGGAAACAGUUCCCAUCACCACCACCACCACCACCACCACCACCACCACCAUGGACAGCAAGCCUUGGGUAACCGGACCAGGCCAAGGGUCUACAAUUCUCCAACAAAUAGCUCCUCUACCCAGGAUUCUAUGGAGGUUGGCCACAGUCACCACUCCAUGACAUCUCUGUCUUCCUCAACGACUUCUUCCUCGACAUCUUCCUCCUCUACUGGUAAUCAAGGCAAUCAGGCCUACCAGAACCGCCCAGUGGCUGCUAACCCCUUGGACUUUGGACAGAAUGGAGCUAUGGACGUUAACUUGACCGUCUACUCCAAUGCCCGCCAAGAGACUGGCAUAGCUGGACAUCCAACGUACCAGUUUUCUGCUAAUACAGGUCCUGCACAUUACAUGACUGAAGGGCAUCUGACGAUGAGGCAAGGGGCUGAUCGAGAAGAGUCCCCCAUGACGGGAGUUUGUGUGCAGCAGAGUCCUGUAGCUAGCUCGUGACUACAUUGAAACUUGAGUUUGUUUCUUGUGUGUUUUUAUAGAAGUGGUGUUUUUUUUCCAAAAACAAAGUGCAAAGCUGCUUGAAUCAGAAGGAGAUUAACAUACUGAACCGCUACAAGAGGGCAAAGUUGUUUUGUUUUGUUUUUUUUUUUUUAACUUGAAAAGAUUGCAAAGGGACAAUGAAGUUUUUAAGAGCCAUGUCCAAACUCAUCUUCAUGGAUAGCUCAGAGGUAUCCUCUUUUUGCCUCCCCAUUUAACUUGCCACCUCCCAGUCAUAGUGGGCUUUUUGUCUUUCUAUUCAACACAAGUUAAUGUUGAGAUGUUGGUCUUGGUCAUUUGCCAACUAAUUUUAAAAAUAAAAAGGCACUGCACACAGUUUGCAUAAAGGGCCCCAUGAGGGUGGUUUUUCCUUUUUCUUUUUUUUUCCCCUCCUUUCUGCCUCCCCUUUUUGUUUGUUUUGUUUUGGGUGAGGGGGGAAAUUUGGGUUUUUUAAGUCCUCUAAACACGCUUGGGCACGGAAAUGCAGUACUGUAAGGAAGAGGGACCUCCGGCGUCCACAGACACCAUCUUCAGCUGUGUGGAAGGGACGGCUGUGUCGGCAUUCGUAAGGCUCAGUGAGCAUGCUGAGUGGCGGGGAUCAGGAUGCUCCUGUCUGAACCCACUGAGGAGCACAGCAGCCAUGACACAGGGUCCUGCGGGAGUCCUGCUGGCGAGGCCGCAGGAGGAGAGGACGGCGCGUGACUGGUCUCCUCAACGAGGCGCACUGAGAAGCGGUCAGCGGGUCAGUCGUGGCCAGUCCUGGGGAGGGCUGAGUGGUGGUCUUGGGAUAACCUUUGGCCUUAUGGAUUCGGACUCGGAAUGAGAAGAGCCCACCGUUUCAGAUGCACUCACUUGGUGGACAUGCUUUUGCAGACAGUCCUUAAUGCUGAAAACACAGAAUGGGUAAUUCAAGAGGCCUUUCUUUUAAAACAGACUUUUGUGACCCACUAAUUGUAAGGUAUUGCAAGGUCACGUUGCGUGUGUCAUAAAGCUGACUUCUUAUUGGUUGAAGGUCACAGAAGUAGUGGUUUGCUUUGAUGGAAAUAGCUACAGCUGUGUCCCUUCCUGCUUUUUACUUUUUCUUUUGCUUUUUUUCUCGGCACGUGGUAUCUCCACCAUUUCUUCUGCACAAAGAUGUCUUCUGUUCAUCCUGAACAUUUUUAAAAAAUGCAGAAUUUUAUGUGACUGCUUUUUUGCCUCACAAUUAUGCUGUGAAUUUUACAAAAAUUUAUUUUCUUUUUUGAUAAUUUAUUGUACCAAAGCUGUUUUUAUAGCACAUAGAUGUCUGUAACCAAUAAUGUAGCAGUUCUGCACUUUGACACAAGGUGUAACUAGACCAUUUUUAAAUGUCAGUUGAAAAUUAUGGCUGUACUAUUGCUUAAACAAAACUGGAACUGUUGUUGAACCCAUAGCCGAUACAUUUACAGCAGUCUGUGUACUGAACAUAAUAGUUUGACAUCUAACUCCAGGUUACAACAUCUGUCACAGUCUCAGUGUGUUCAGGCUUCUGAAGGGAAAGGGAUGCUGGAUCCAGAAGCUCUGGAGCCAGCAUUUGAUUCUUGUUUUCCUGAUUAA